GCGACCCUCCACGCGUCGUCCCCGUCGAGUGACGGCGAGAGCCCUAACGCGCGGACGUCUCCUUACAGCGCGGCUGGUGAACAGCACGGUGGUGGCGAGCGGCGUGGUGCAGCUCUACGUGCACGGCCGGUGGCGUGGCCUGUGCGCCAACGACAGCUUGGAGGAGCUGGCCAGAAACACCUGUCUCUCCACGGGAUACCCGGGAUUGAACGGCAGUGCGUUGGUGGCCGCCGCGGGCUAUGGCCCCUACGUCUCCCUCUUCAACAGCAGCAGCAGCAGCAGCGUGGGUGCAGUGAUCAGGUCUGCCGUGCCGAGCCCGCUUCCUCCCACAUGGCAGGGGGUGGGGCAUAGAGCUCAUCGCCAGUCUCAUCAUACGUGGUGACACACACACAAAAUCUGUGUGAGCAUGUGCGAGCUGGCAGUACCGUACACAUUUCAUCAUCAUCAGCCAUGGUCGAUUCACUGCUGGAUGAAGGAAGUCCCGAAGCGCCGCCAUCUCUCACGAUCCUCUCGGACGCGUUCCAUCCUUGGCUGCUACUCCGUUAUUACUCUUGACCCAAAGGCUAGCGUCCCUUCUCGCGGUGUCUUGCCCAAGCGCGCUGUAUAUAUUAUCACUGUAUAUAUUAUCACUGAACGUGUGGGCUGAGUUCAUCAUUACCCUCACAAAACUCUGAGUAAUCAUCGUCGUCAUCAUGCAGAGCCACAGCAAAAAAUAAACAGCAUUCCUGACGAGAUAUUCCUGGAACAUUCUGCCCCCAUAUCCUUACCGCCCACGAGCCAUCCCCGCAGGCUCUGGGCAGGGGGCCCAAGUCUGGUGGAGCGGCCAAGACUCUUUGGCGGUCACUGAAAAAUGAUACGUUGACCAAACACCCUCGUUUUCCCUUCUGCCGGCAGUGAGAGCUGUGACUUCGGCCGCGUGCUGUACGUGAACUGCAUCCCUAAAGCGUGCGGGAGGCGGCGGCUCGUGCCGGAGAGCCGCGUGGUGCACGGGAGCGACGCGGCGCCUGGCGCGUGGCCGUGGAUGGUGGAUCUGCGCUCCAAGGAGCGGCACCUGUGCGGGGCGUCGCUGCUGUCCAGAGACUGGCUCCUCACCGCUGCGCACUGCGUCAGGGGGCACGAGGCGGUGGACUUGACGGCUGCGUUCGGCCUGCGCUCCCAGCUCAACUUCUCGUCCAGUGUGGUGGAGCAGCGGCUCGUGGCCCAGGUCCACAUGCACCGCGACUACAACCACUACAGCAAAGACAACGACAUCGCCCUCCUGCGCCUCGCCUCGCCGGUCAACUACACUGAUGAAAUCCAGCCGGUGUGCUUGCCCGAAGGAAGAGAGCAGUUUUUUCCAGGGACGUUCUGCUACGUCGCUGGGUGGGGACUCAUCAAUAACGCAGGAGAGCUAGCAGACGUGCUGCAGGAGGCAGGGGUGCCGCUCGUGUCCCACACCAAGUGCCAGGAUGACUGGCGCGACCGCUUCGACAUCUCGGACAACAUGGUGUGCGCCGGCUUUGCCGAGGGCGGCCCCGACACGUGUGGCGGAGACUCGGGCGGCCCGCUCAUGUGCGAGGAGCAGGGCCACUGGCACCUCGUCGGCAUCAGCUCAUUCGGCGACUACCAGUGUGGCCUGCCCAACCGUCCUGGCGUGUACACCGACGUCCUGCGGUACCAGCACUGGAUCGGCGGCAUCGUGGAGGGGGCACAAGGCAGCAGCGGCGGCUCGUGGGAAUGAAGAGUCGGCGAACCCGGGGGCAGUGUCUCUGUUCUUGCAAGCACAGAGACAAUUUCAAGCACAGAGACAAUUUCAACCGAGAAGAUGGAUUCUGGCUUAGCAAUCAUU